AUGUCGCACGAGGCUCUCAACCCCAUUCACCCCGCCGUUCUCCCCCACUUAGACCCCGUCUUUGUGAAGCUCUACAACGAACACGUCGCCAACACUCCUUCCGGCCCAAUUGAUCUGGCCUUAUUACGCUCAAAAUAUUCAGUGCUCUACUCCUAUGGUACUGGUCCAGCCCCCGACUGCGCCCGUAUCUACGAUGCCCAAGUGGCAGGCCACAACGGCGAUUUGAUCCCUGUCCGGGUCUAUGAGCCCGACUCCCCAGGUCCCUGGCCGGUACACAUUGACUUUCACGGCGGAGGUAAACAUCCCAAUCUCAUCUCACAGGUACAAAACACUAAAAAAGACAUAGGAUGGGGUCUCGGCGAUCUCGACACAGAAUCCCACAUCUGCAAACACAUCUGUGUCAAAGCAAACGUCUGCGUAAUCGACGUCGCAUACAGAUUGGUUCCCGAGCACGCAUUCCCUAUUGGGAUCCAGGACUCCUUCGCAGCACUGCAACACAUUCACGCGAAAGGCGCCGAUGAAUUCAAAAUUGACCCGACCCGUAUUUCCCUCGGUGGCGUGUCAGCCGGCGGCAACAUCGCUCUGAUCUGCGCGCAUCUAGCUCGGGAUGCGAGUCUCCCUCUGCGACUGGUCGCAGUGGGUACCCCGACUAUUGAUGAUAUCUCCAAGUAUGCGUCUGCCGCUGAGGCUCCCUGGCCGUCCAUGCAGGAGAUGGAACAUGCGCCUACGCUGAACUGGGCACGACUGAAGUGGUUUGAUAAUUUGAAGUGGCAGAGCAUUGCGGAGGGUCUGGAGCGGGAGGCGCAGAUUGAGGCGCUGAAGUGGUAUGCCAAUGCCUUGCAGGCGCCGGACUUUACAAAGUUGCCCAAGACUGUGAUCUACACUGCUGGUUGUGAUCCUCUGCGCGACGAGGGCGAGGCGUAUGCAAAGAAGUUGAUCGAGGGUGGGAACGAAGUCAUUCAGAAGCGAUUUGCGGGGGUUCCACACCCUUUUAUGCAUAUGGAUGAAUGUGAUCUAGACCUGUGGCAGGCGAAGGAGUUUAUUGAUUUGACUGCGGAUCAUAUUCGAGAUACUCUGCAUCGGUAG